AAUGAGCACCCGAGUAUUCGUUGGCGGAUUAACAUACCGGGUGAGAGAGCGCGACCUUGAGAAGUUCUUCCGGAAAUAUGGUAGAAUCAGGGAGGUCGCUAUGAAGAAUGGAUUUGCCUUUGUGGUAAGUCUAAUGUGGUUCAAUUGUUUUUUUUACAGUAUGGUAGGGACAAGGGUCUAUGUCGGUGGGCUUCCAUACGGCACCAGGGAAAGAGACCUUGAGAGAUUUUUCAGAGGCUACGGUCGAUUCCGUGAUGUUCUCAUCAAGAAUGGUUACGGCUUUGUUAAUCAGACUCAUUGAAGAUAAGAGACGUGGGCGUCGCUCAAGAUCCUCGAGUUCGAGAUCAAGAUCACGGUCACGAUCUCGAUCUCGUCGCCGAUCCCGCUCCCGCUCAAGGAGUCGCCGUAGCUCUCGCAGCCGUAGUCGUCGCAGCAGUCGUUCCAAAUCAAGGGCACAUACUAAAUCAAAAUCAAAGUCCAAAUCUAAAUCUCCAGAACGUAGCCGAACCCGAUCUAAAUCCAAAUCAAGAGACCGCUCAAAGUCGAAAUCUAAGUCAAAGUCCAAAUCCAGAUCUCGUUCUAGGUCCAAGGCUGAGAGGUCAAAGUCCAGGUCGCAGUCCAAAUCCAAAGCCAAGUCUCCCUCAAAAGAUAGAUCUAGUCGCGAAAGGUCGAGAGGCGACAGAUCAAGAUCCCGAUCGGGCAGCAAACAUAGCAAAAGCCAUAGCCGUUCUCGAUCACCGAUGAACGGUGACAAAUCACCAGAAAGUAACAAGCAAAAAGCUGAUUAAAGGAUACGUGAAACAAGAAAAGAAAGGACUUUUAUCUUGAGAAGAAAAAUAUUGGAGAAAAGAAGUUUCUUUUUCUUUUUUUUUGUUUCUUUUUUUUCUGUCUACGAUUAAAUACAUUCAAGAAGCCAAUUUUUCAUGCUUUUGUUUUUAAGACAUCGAUUUUUUUGUGACAUUACUACUACUUGUAAUUAACAUGUACAUCGUUUUAAGGAUAAGCGAAAUUUCCAAAAUCUUGUAAAAUGUGAAACAGCGAAACAAAAAAGUGUGUAUGUAAUUAAUGAUCGACUUAAGCAUAAUUAAAUAAUUGUACAUGAUUUACUUAAUCUAAACCAAUCUGUACAUUGGUUGCACGUAAUUUUAACUGUACACUUACCAUCUUUAAAAAAAACACCACUCGCAUUUAGAAAAAUAAGAUGUCUUCAUAUGUACCUUCAAUGGAUUCUAUACAUUUUUUGAUGUAUCACCAUAUAUCAAAGAAUUUCCAAUAAUGGCUUUUUGUAUAUAUUCCUAAUUGUCACAUUACAAACAAGUCAAUUGUGAUGUGUAUUAAAUUUAGUGGUAAGAGGUAUCCGAUUAUCAAUAAAAUUUCACGCCAAACUUAUCAUGUUUUCUUUACUACUUAACUCGAUCAUCAAAAAAUUUUGCAUGUUUUAUUAUUUGUUAAAAAAUUUAAUGCUGAUUUUAUAUAUUAGAAAUAGCAUUAGUGAAGUUUCCAUGGUAAACGUUUCUACAAAUCUUAUGUCAUAUGUUCAAUAUUCUGUCAAUCUGUCAAUGACGUCAAAAUACUUAACUUUAUAAAAUACAUGACUUCGUUGCCAAUCUGGAAAAUGAAUUGAAGUUCAAUGGUUUAUAAAUAAGUCGGAUUAAAAGUUCGUGUUAUCGAAUGUCUGAACGCCGGGAUUCUACAUGUCAAAAACAUGAAUUACCAAAAUCGUUACAAGGUACAGAGGAUGCCGAAUUUGUCUGGAGCAUGAUAAUCGAUAGAUUUCCAAAUGCUGCACCGCUUUUAUGCGAAAUGGAAACUGUUAUCGAUCGAGCCGAAGAUCUUCUUCAGCAAUUGCGAGCCCCUUGUCGUGAAAUUGGUAGACCAUAUAAAAAUCUUUCAACCACCAAUGGUCAUUUUUUUUAGGGCUAUGAAUAAAUUUUCUUUUACUCAGUUUUCUUUCUAUUUUUCUAUCUAUUUUCUGUUUUGUAUCUAAAUAACACAUUACACGUCAUUACAUAUUAAUAUUUUCAACACUAAGAAAAAUUUUUUACAUUUACAAUUCUGUAGAGACAUCUACCUCGUUUUUCACACAAGAUUCAGAAGAUACAACUGUAAUGAUUUCAGCCAGAGAAUCGUUGAUUACUGAAAGUGAUGUAAGUAUCAGAAAUCCAGUAUUACAGUUGGAUUUUUGUAAUUAAAUAUACAUGCAUCAUAGACUGUAGAAGAGAGUGACAUGAACAAGAACGUGGCUGAAAUACAAGUUUCUGAAAGCAGUAUCGACGAAGAGAAUUUGAACGAUCAAAGUCAAAAUUUGAUUAUUGGGGAACAAAACACCGGAAGUCAAUCUAGUAAUUCACUCAUGAUGAACUCUUCCAUUGCUCAGGAGUUUCUUAAUGACAAAUCUGCUUCUCUGAAUAUUACAACAAGUUUGCAUAGCUUUAUGUUUAUUGAUAAAGUAAAAUUAACACAUAUAUAUCCUUCUUUCAGAAAAUUUGAUUGAUUACUGAUUAUUUUCGUUUAGAUACCAACCAACUGAUAAAACAGGCACAUAGUUUAGAAGAGUGGGGUAAAAUAGCAGAUAGUGCUAUGGAAGAAAAUUCUGGUACUAAUUCAGCCGAGGUACAAUCUGUUAAAGAAACAAUUAAUAUGUUUGAAAAGAGAGCCAAUUUUGAAGGAAAUAAAAUGGAAAAUCAUAAUAUAAAUAGUAAUUUCAUUAUGUACUUUCAAUUUAGUUUUAGAUGUCAACAAUUCUAUUGUAUAUCAGAUGUAUUUCAAAAUUUAACAUUUUUUAGAACACGAAGAUUCUUGCAUUAUUCUGCAUCGUCAAGAGAUGUGUGUAGAUAUCGGUGAUUCCGUCAUGGAGAUUAAUUCUGAUCGAAAUAUGAAAGGUCAAAAAUUGAUCGAUACCAAAGAUGACACGAUGAAUGUUUCAAUUCAAGUAAAAUAUAAUUAUUCCCUUUCAUGUACAUAUGUACAAUUUAUUAUAGAAUUAUACAUAGUGAACGAUUUAAAAUCAAUUAAAGGGUAGUGGCGAUGAGAGUUCAUCGAAAAUUAAUAAUCAACGAACUCCAUUAAGCAUUCUGGAGACGUAUGCAAAACGUUGUAAAAUACCAGUCGAAUAUGAGUAUACGAGCGAUUGUUCUCAUCGUCAUAAAUCGAACACCUAUGUGAUACGUGGAAAUCUCGCUGGAUUUGCUGGUAAAUAAUUUAAUAAAUUCAUUCAAUACGUAAAAUUGUGAAGAUCCAUUAUUCUUUUUAAGUGCAGCCGAUAAUGUCUAUAAAAGCUUUUGAUUUUUAAAUUUAAAGCAUUUUAUAUUAAUUGACAGCAACAUGUAGAGGUUUAACCGAGGAAUCAACCAAAAACGAGUUAGCCGCGAAAAUUUUGCAAAUGAUUGCAAAUCAACAAAUGAAAGAUGAAAAGCUCACUACGCUCGUCGAACUUACGGAGGAAGAGUAUGUAACGUAAAAAUCUGAUUCUAAUAGGUAUUAAUAUUUCAUUUGUCACUUGAUUAAUAAGUGAAAUUUUAUCUGACAGACUGAUAGAAAUAAUUAGCCUAGGUAUGGACGGUCUAAGAGAAACAGCUCAAAGGAAGUUGUAUCAGCUUUGUCUUGAAAAAGAAGUUCCAGUUCCGAAGUACUCUGUGGAAAAAAUAAAAACUUAUCAGGGUUUAACUUACGUCGCUACUUGUUCUGCAUUAGGCUACAUCGCCGAAGGUUUAAUUUACAAAUUCAAAUGACUAUUCUCUUCAGCUUAUUUUACAUUUUUUCUGCGUCUUAUUUAUCCUUCUUUUUUUUUUUUUUUUUU